AUGAUCCCUCCUAACGACACGCAGGUUCACCCCUACUUUUUUCUCCUUCUGGGAAUUCCAGGGCUAGAAGCUGUGCAUAUGUGGAUUGGUUUUCCAUUUUGUGUUGUAUAUUUCACUGCUUUAUUGGGAAAUAUUAUAAUUGUUCUUAUGAUCCAGAAAGAAAAAAGUCUCCACCAGCCUAUGUUCUACUUCCUGGCCAUUCUAUCAUCUAUUGACCUGGGCCUGUCCACAUCCACCAUCCCCAAGAUGCUUGGCAUAUUCUGGUUCAACCUAAGAGAAAUCACUUUUGAGGGCUGUGUCAUCCAGAUGUUCUUCAUCCACCUGUACACUGGCAUGGAGUCAGCUGUGCUUGUGGCCAUGGCCUAUGACCGCUGCGUGGCCAUCUGUAACCCUCUUCGCUACACAUUGGUGCUGACAAACAAGGUGGUGUCAGUUAUAGCACUGAUCAUCCUUCUGAGACCCUUAGCCAUUGCAAUCCCCUUUGUUCUGCUCAUCCUACGACUGUCCUUCUGUGGACACCACAUCAUCCCCCACACCUACUGUGAGCACAUGGGCAUUGCCCGCCUGUCCUGUGCCAGCAUCAAAGUCAAUAUUGUCUAUGGCUUAUGUGCCAUCUCUGUCCUGGUGUUUGACAUCAUAGCCAUUGUCAUUUCCUACGUUCAGAUCCUUCGUGCUGUCUUCCGUCUACCUUCCAGGGAUGCCCGACUCAAAGCACUCAGCACCUGUGGCUCCCACGUCUGUGUUAUGUUGGCCUUUUAUACACCAGCAUUUUUCUCCUUCAUGACUCACCGGUUUGGCCGAAAUGUUCCUCAAUACAUCCAUAUUCUUCUUGCCAACUUUUAUGUUGUCAUCCCACCAGCUCUCAACCCUGUUAUUUAUGGGGUCAGAACUAAGCAGAUCAGAGAGAGGGUAGUUAGAGCUUUUAGAAAUAAAUUAUGA